AUGGAGUCACAGCAGCCUUCUGGAGGUAACUCUGAGUGGCGGUUUCAGGUGAGCCCUGGGGCGGCUUGGAACUUGAGAGCACAGGCAAGACGAGAGCAAGCCGCUAAUAGGAGUAAUAGUGAUGUGGCUGUUGGUGAUUUGGACGAGCGUAUGGCACGUCGUGUGAUAACCGGGAUAGAUGGGAACGAUAAUACCCUUUCCGAUAUUUUCAGAUCGAAUCAUUCAGAAGUGGCUUUGGGCAACAAUACCGUUGAGAAUGGCAGACAUGGUAAUCAGAAUAAUAAUGGCGGUAAUAUCCUUCUGGGUAGUGAUGGCGCAAUGGUAUAUAGCGAUGACCAGCCAAGUUUUUCUCGAGCUGCAGCAGCUGUUGCAUCAACAGGGCCAAAAAAUGGUAGUGAGAAUGAGGAAGACGAUCUGGUGAUUGCCAGGGGUGGUAAUUCACGAUUCGUUCCAGGCCUACCUGCGAGCUGGUUCACGAAUGCGUUCCAAGGAAGCAUGGGUGGUGCCAAUCAGCAGCAACAGCAUAUGCUAGCUAGAGAGCGGAGAUCGGCAAUGGGGAGUCUGGCACAGAUGGAAAAUGAUUUGAAGAUGCUAUUCGAAAAAGUGGAAAAGGAAGGCUGGAAGUUGCCCCCGAUCGAGGGAGAUGCCAAAAUGUUACAACGGUAUUUUGAGAGUCAUCAUAUUGAUAUGAGGGUCAGAGAAAGUUUACAGGAGUUUAUCAACAAGAUGCAGAAGAAAACUCCUGAUGAUACCAAUAACAAUAAUAAUAAUAACAGCAGUUGGGCAGAGAAAGAAGCGUUGUUGGACUAUUUGCUGAAACAAGUUCAGCUAACCCCCGAAGAUGCAGCAGCUUUAAGAGAAAUCGUGGAACUAUCAAGGUACAGAUUCAAGUUUGCCUUGGGGAUAAUAGAGUUACGAAAGAGUUAUUUGAAAGAGUCUUUGCAGUUAGGAAUUCAGAGAUUGCGUGACUUAAACAACCCUGAGUUUUCAUCGCAUUCAAACCUCCCAGCUGAAGAUAUUGACCAUUUAAAGGCGACAAUCAUGAAACAGCAAAGAAUUAUACUACGAGCAGUGGAAAUGGAACUUUACUCGCUUCAUUCCUACCAAGAGAAAUACUCUAGUAUCAUCAAGAGAAUGGCUAGGUCUAUUCAAGACUAUUAUAAGAGGAAAACUACGAAUCCAAAUGUUCCAAACCCCAUAUACUACUAUCAUGACCUUUUCCUGAAAUACUCUCCUUGGACCAAGAGAGGACUCGAUUUAGCACUAUACGAUAUGCACGUCUCAGAAGAAGAAUGGAACUUCAUGUCUAAUCAAGUUCGUACCCAAUUACCGCAGGUGGCAUCGAUAGCCCUAAAGGACAAUAAUGCAUUAUAUACUAAAAUGAAAUCUUCUAAAAAUACCUUCCCCUUAUCUGAUCUUCCACAUGAAAUAUUGGCCAUGGUGCUAGAGGCAAAGAGCCAAAAGAGCAAUAUCGUGCCAUUGAUGGCAGUUUCAAAAGCAUGGGCAGAAGUAAUUGCCAAGUUGAUCUACUAUCGGCCCCAUAUCAAUAAACAACAACAAUUGAACUCGUUUUUAGUGACAAUGAGCAAAUCAAAGGACGAAACUCUGUUUGACUAUAGAAGUCUAAUCAAGAGGUUGAAUUUCUCUUUUGUUGGUGACUAUAUGACGGACCGUAAGCUUGAAUACUUUAUUGGAUGUCCCAACCUUGAAAGGCUAACCUUGGUUUUCUGUAAAUACAUCACUACGAAAUCAGUGGCACAGGUAUUGAAAGGAUGUCAAUAUUUACAAAGUGUAGAUAUCACUGGCAUUCAUCAUAUUGGGGACGACUUAUUUGAAGUUCUAGCAUCGGACUGUAGGAGGAUACAAGGCUUAUACGUUCCUCACUCUAAUGAUGUAUCCCCAGUCUCCAUUUCGCAUUUUAUAACAAAUGCACCGAUGUUAAAACGUGUCAAAAUUACUUUUAACCAAUCUAUUGAGAAUUCUCUUGUGAUGCAAAUGGUAAAAUGUUGUCCAUUUCUAGUUGAGGUUGAUUUAACGUCUACUCCAAAUAUAGAUAAUCAAGGAUUGGUAACUCUUUUCACUUCCUUACCUCAAUUACGAGAGAUUAGAGUAACGCAUAAUACCAACAUCACAGAUGAGUUCAUGCAAAUUGUUUCUCAAGAGAUUUCUAGCCUUCCAGCCCUUAGAUUGGUUGACUUUUCUGGAUGCGAAAACAUUACGGAUAAAACAAUUGAUAAACUUGUGACCUUAGCACCCAAAUUGAGGAAUUUAUUUUUGGGUAAAUGUAGCAGAAUCACAGAUGCAUCAUUGAAGUCAUUGGCCCGUUUGGGCAAAAAUAUCCAAACCAUGCAUUUCGGUCAUUGCUUCAACAUCUCGGAUGAAGGUGUUAGAGUCUUGGUAAGCAACUGUCCCAAAAUCCAAUAUAUAGAUUUUGCAUGUUGCACCAACUUAACAAACAAGACAUUAUAUGAACUCGCUGAACUACCAAAACUUAAAAGGAUCGGAAUGGUAAAAUGUUCACAAAUCACAGAUGAGGGACUUCUAACAAUGAUAAGCAUUCGCGGAAGAAAUGAUACGUUGGAAAGAGUUCAUCUUUCAUACUGUACAAGUUUGACAAUAUAUCCAAUCUACGAGCUAUUAAUGGCUUGUCCAAAGCUCUCUCAUCUCUCAUUGACGGCAGUGCCAUCAUUUUUACGUCCAGAUAUUACUCAAUUUUGCCGUGCACCUCCAAGCGAGUUCACUGCCAACCAAAGACAAAUCUUUUGCGUCUUUUCUGGUAAAGGAGUCCACAAGCUACGUCAUCAUUUGAUGGGUAUUCACGAGCCAACAGAUGGACCAAGUACGAAGUAUGAUGAAAUCUUUAUUAGAUUCUUAAAGAAGAAGAAUGCGAUUCAAUCCAAUACUAUUGAGGAUGAGGAUCUUGAUAGAUUAUCACAUAAUGCCGAUCUUGACUCUGCUGCAUUGUUUGCAGCUUCUGCUGUAUUUAACUUUGCAAACGAGCCUUUCAACCAGAUAGAGUUUGCGCAUCUUGAUCACAUAUUUUCAUCGAUGCUAUUGACUUCCGAGGAUACGGAAACAAUUAACUCAGCAGAUCUUUCUUCCAUAGAUGGCUUUGAUCAAUCAUUUUACGAUAAUCCACUUGAUCCAAGAUUUGCUGAUAGGUAUGUUACAGUGGCACCACCAGCAUCUCCUAAUAUUAACAAUGAGCUUGCAGAUGUUAUUCGGAAAUUCCGCAAAAUCUUGAAUCGUGUUUUGGAUUUUGAGGUGAAUGUGGCAAGUUUGUGUCGAAUUCAGUUUCAAUAUUGUGGUACCUUAAUUGCAGAGAUGUCUUCGAUAUAUAUCACAUUUGUUGAUUUGAACAGGUAUAUUUCAGAGAUUUACCAACGAAUCAAAGCUUCCGAAGAUCAACAAGACCUGCUAGGUUUUGUACUAUGGAAAAAAUGGUGGUCACCUUGUUUCAAAGACUUGAUGAGAAGUUUCAAAAUCACAGCACUAGUUUUGAGAAUAUAUGUGAAAGAAAGUUUAACUGUUCUUACCCGUCAAAGAGAGCUAGUGUUGCAACGAGCAAGGGAAACUUGGGAUAGAGAAGCAGCCAAUGGCGGGGCGGAUCAAGAAGGUGAUAUCGAUAUGGGAGUGAAUAUGCUGCUACCACCUGGUGGCGGCCCUGCUGAGAACAAUGGUAACGAAAAUCAAAUGGAUCUUAGACUCUUUUUACCUCCAGGAAAUGAUCAAAACGGAAUCGAAGAAACUGAUGAUCAGAUCAUAGAUGAAUAA